AUCAAAAUAUGGCUAUAACCGUGAUUGAAUCGUCCUACGAAAAGCGCAUAAGGGCUUUGUACGACAAACAAAUACGCAUGGAGGCGCGUGAGGCGAGUGUCAUCAAGAAAAUCUCCAAAUUCAACAGCAAUCUGUUGGAUCUCAAGGAGGAAGUAGUUCGCCAUCGCCAAAAGGCGGCAAAAGUACAGAAAGUUAAAAUGCUGCGCUGCGGGGAGUUGGAGAAGCGAGCUGACUUUAUGGAGGAACUGACUCAAGAACUGGAGGCCACCAAACAGAGGAAUCUCGUGAUGAGGGAUCAGAUAAAACAGCUCAAUAUGUUGGCCAGGCAGCACAGAAACGAAGCCAUGGAAAGCAUUCACACGCUGUCGAAGACAACAGGGACCUAUUUAAAUCACGACGCGUUGCCGGCACGUGUGAAAGGGGUCACUGUGCUGCGUGACGACAAAGGCGACCAGUUGAUACCCUUUGAUCUGAAGGCCACCGAUGUGGAGGGACUGGAGUCACUUUGUCAGCACCUUCAAAGCCUUAAUAUCGACGUAUUCCAGUGGCGACAGCUCGUCUCGCUGGCCACGGAAAUGUCUAUGGAAUCGCCUACUACUCCUACUACGCCACCCAAGGAGGCGGCCGAGGGCAAGUCCAUAAUUGAGAUUGAUCUCACCUCGCCGACGAGUCACAUUUGA